AUGGCAGAAGCAGUAACACCGUCAAACACGGAAGACGUCGCGCACGAUGACCUCUGCCCUAUAUGCCAGCUACUCCUCUUUACGCCCGUGAAAACUCAGUGCAACCACUUACUAUGCGCGUCAUGCAUGGCGCAGUGGUCUGACGCCUCCAAUACCAACCGGAUCGAACAUUCGAGCUGGGAUGUGAACCUCGCAGACUUCGACCCAAAUUAUGAUCCGACGUAUGACCUCGAAGCGAACUGUCCCAUGUGCAGGACUCGUACCACUGCGGCCCCGGAUAACGCGUUGGCAAGGCAGUUGGAACAGAAGUAUCCCAUCACAUAUGCCGAGAGACGGGUGGAAGAGGAAGAGGACAGGGGAUCACGCAUCGGGCGUGACGGCUUUGAGGGUGUCAUGAUCCUCAUAGGCAACAAGCACAGGCUCAUCAGGAAUCCUGGCGACGACAACGAGCACGACUGGUCAUUUUUUGUGCGCACAUCGAGACCGGAAUUAAUCAAGGAAGUGCACAUCUACCUGCAUCCUACAUUUCGGCGAAACCACGUUAUCCUCCGAAAACCACCUUAUGAGUUCAAAGCUCGGGGCUGGGGAACCUUCGUCAUUCGUACCGAAAUCGUCCUGAAGCAGCCAUACAACUGGAUCAUCGAUAAUGCUGGCACUAGACAGCAGGCACUCGAGCUGGAAUGGGAGCUCGACUUUGAAGGGAGAGGCAGACAGGGUCGGGUAAGAGCGAAGGUUAACAAACUCGAUGUGGAAGCCAAUCAGGCCGGUCGUACCUUGCGGGCGAGGCGUCCACCUGCAGCUAGGCCUAACCCGGAUGAUGAGGAUGACGAGUUAGAUGAUGACUAUGAAGAAGCCGAGGACGAGGAUGAGGACGACGAAAGCUCAGAGGACGAGGACUUUGAAGAAGGCACCAGCGAAUACGUUGAGCCGUCUCGGAGAUAG